AUGCGAUGCACAGGGGUAAUGGGGGUGGUGCUCACCCUCGUCAGCCUGCUGCAGCUGGCUGUGGCUCUGAGAAUCGCAGCCUUCAACAUCCGGACUUUCGGGGAGACUAAGAUGUCCAACGCCACCAUCUCUAGCUACAUUGUGAAAAUCCUGAGCCGCUAUGACAUCGCUGUUGUCCAAGAGGUCAGAGACACCCACCUGGUGGCUGUUGGGAAGCUACUGGAUGAGCUCAAUCGGGACAAACCUGAUACCUAUCGCUAUGUGGUCAGUGAGCCGCUGGGCCGCAACAGCUACAAGGAACAGUACCUUUUCUUGUACAGGCCUGACCAGGUGUCUGUUCAGGACAGCUAUUACUAUGAUGAUGGCUGUGUGCCCUGUGGGAAUGACACCUUCAGUCGAGAGCCUGCCAUCGUCAAGUUCUUUUCCCCAUUCACUGAGGUCAGAGAGUUUGCAAUCGUGCCCCUGCACGCAGCCCCAGCAGAUGCUGUGACUGAGAUUGAUGCCCUCUAUGAUGUUUACCUGGAUGUCAGACAAAAGUGGGACCUGGAGGACGUCAUGAUGAUGGGAGAUUUCAAUGCUGGCUGCAGCUAUGUUAGUCCCUCCCAGUGGUCUUCCAUCCGCCUCCGGACAAGCCCUGCCUUCCAGUGGCUGAUCCCUGACAGUGCGGACACUACUGCCACAUCCACACACUGUGCCUAUGACAGGAUUGUGGUUGCCGGAGCUCUGCUCCAGGGAGCUGUUGUUUCCAACUCAGCUGGUCCUUUUGACUUCCAAGCAGCAUACAGACUUACCCAGCAGCUGGCUGAAGCCAUCAGUGACCAUUACCCAGUGGAGGUGACACUCAAGAAAACCUGAUGUCAUCAAGCAGCACAGCCAUAUGCUUGUGGUGACAUGUGUGGUGUUGCAGGACUCCAUCGUCCCAGAGCAGACGGAGUGUCUACCAUACGACUAAGAAAUCCGCUUUAAUUGAGGCAAAUAAAGCUGAUCUCAAGCAGUUG